UGCAAGAAAGUGCCGUCCAAGCUCUACCAGAGGCUCGCACGUCCAGGGACUUGAAGACGAGUGGGAGCUCGCUGGAUAUCGGGGAUCUGCAAGCUUCGAUUUGGAUUAAUCGGAAGGCUUUCUCACCCUGCCUUUUUUUUUCUUCGCUCCCCCACCCCCAUCAAAAAAGGAACCCUAAACUACGCCUGCAGACAUGCCUCUGUCAGGGACCCCCGCCCCCAACAAGAGGAAAAAGUCAUCCAAGAUCAUCGUUGACCUAUCUCAAAUUUCGCAGGAUGUCGACCAGGAAGACGCGGAUCCCGAGGUGGCGGAGUUUGACCUGGGGACGAAGAUCAAGGUCCCCAAGGACCUGAUGCUGGAGGAGCUGUCCCUGCUGAAGAACAAGGGCUCCAAGAUGUUCAAGAUGAGGCAGCAGAGGGUGGAGCGCUUCAUUUACGAGAACAACCCAGAGCUCUUCACCGAGUCCAUGGAGAACCUUCACAACCUGGCACCCUCACUGGGUGGGCAAGAGAAGAAUGGGACCGCUGAUGGCGGUCAAACCAACGGCGGCCAAACCAAUGCUGACGGCCACAUCCAAAACAAUGGCUCCGCUCUUGAAUCUGAGACCCAAGGCGAGGAUGAAUCAGGAAAGAGAGCAGGUGAAAACGGACAGGAAGGAGGCCAGGAUGGCGUGGAUGGUGAGGGCAGCGCCGCGGAAAAGGAGAAGGAGUUGGAGGAGAAGAAGAAGAAGGCUGAGUACAUGAGAACGUACAUAUCACCAUGGGAACGGGCCAUGAAGGGUGAUGAGGAGCUGACAGCCACCAUGAAGGUACAGAUGCCUGGGCCUCAUGUGCACCAGGAUCCACCCAGCUUCAAGAGCUUCAACAGGAUGGCCGUGCCGUUCGGAGGCUUCCAUAAAGCCUCCCAGCUCAUGACCUUCCAGAUGCCGGAGAUCGAGCUGGAGAUCGAGGAGCCGGAGCCGACCGUGGUGUUCCACCGGGACAUCAGCUCCAGGCCCUCCUUCAACCGCACGCCCAUCGGCUGGGUCUGCACCGGGGAGCACAGCGACGUCAUCAUGGAGCAUUUGGACGCCAUCCCCUUCGACGGAGAGACCGACGACCUCUGAAGGGCACAUCCCACACGUGCGCAUGUGCACACACACACACACACACACACACACUCACAGACACACACACACACAGACAUAUACACAUUCUC